GAUGUUAUUUGGACUUCUGAAUCAAUCUCUUCUUCCCCUUCCCAACCACUUACAAAAGAAGGGGCCUCUAAACCCUUCAGCAUGGUGAACAAGAUCAAGGGAGCUUUUGAGAGCCCAGGUGGCAUGCAGAGCACCUCCUUGACCUGUGUGGCACCACCAUUUGCAUUCAGCCAGCAGGCCAUGGACAAAGCCCUGAAUGUGAUCCUUAUUGUGGUCUUAUUCAUCACGGUAUCUCUGGGGUGUACAAUGCAGAUAGCCAAGAUCACAACUCACCUCAGGAAACACAAAGGCACGGCAAUUGCUGUAACGGCGCAGUACGGCAUCAUGCCCUUAACAGCAUUCAUACUGGGCAAGCUCUUCCAGUUGGGUGCUACAGAAUCCCUGGCCGCCCUCACCCGCAGCUGCUGCCCAGGAGGAAACCUCUCCAAAGUCUUUAGUUUGGCACUGAGAGGGGACAUGAACCUCAGCAUUGUAAUGACCACAUCCUCAACAGUUGGACUAACGCCUCUGCUUCUGUACCUUCACUCAGGAGAACUACAGGAGGGCGAUUUGGAGGGUAAGGUACCUUACAAAGGAACAGUCACCUCCCUGGUACUAAUGCUAAUCCCCUGUGUUGUCAGUAUCAUCUUGAAUGAAAAGAAACCACAUUACACUGGCUUUAUCAUCAAGUAUCAUCAAGCAGGAAUGGUUGUGAUUCUAGUGUCAUCUGCUGCAAUAACUAUUCGGUCUGUGGCCUAUGUGGCAAGUAGUAUCACGGUUGUCUUCUCACCAUCCCUCCUAGAAUCUUUUGCCUUGAUGCCUUUUAUUGGAUGCCUGCUGGGCUAUGUUCUAUGCAAUCUGUUUAACUUUUCCUCCUUCAGAUGCAGGCAGACAAUGUGCAUGGAAACGGGCUGCCAGAACACACAGUUUUGCUCAACUAUCCUCAAACUCACCUUUGCCCCAGAAAUCAUCAGUCCCCUGCACUUCUUCCCACUGCUCUACUUGCUGUUCCAGCUUGGAGAGGGACUUCUGCUGAUCCUGGUCUUUAGGAUCCAUGCCAGAAUAAAGAAACAAAUGGCAAAUGCAGCAAAAAUUAUCUAUGCAGGCGUGGACAGUUAG